GGCUAAUACUAGGUUCUUGUUCUGCAUCUUAGAAGGGGCCCAGCAUGAUGCUUACAAAACUUGUGCGUCCCAUCUGCGUAUCACAAAAGCGGAUUCAUCCUGCCGGUGUCAAAUAUUUCUGGGGGUGGCUGAAUGCCGUGUUUAACAAGGUUGACUAUGAACGUAUCAAGAGUGUUGGUGCAGACAGAGCCGCUUCGGAAUGGCUGCUGCGCUGCGGGGCACGGGUACGUUUUCAGGGAUUCGAAAAAUUUCAGCAUGACUACAAUGGCCUUCCAACAGGACCAUUGGGAAAAUACAAGAUUCAGGCAAUUGAUGCUACAGAAUCCUGUAUCAUGGACAAAGGAUUUGAGUAUCUAGAUGGUCUGGAACAUGUUGAGGAAAUUAAACUGUGCAAGUGUAUUUAUAUUGAGGAUGCCUGCUUAGAGAGACUCAGCAAAAUAGAAAACCUGCAGAAAAGCCUACAAAGACUGGAGAUCAUUUCAUGUGGCAAUGUCACAGACAGAGGGGUGAUUGCUCUCAAUACACUGACGAACCUAAACUACUUAUUCUUGAGUGACCUUCCAGCCAUAAAGAAGAAGGAGACAACUGUGGAAAUGCUACAGAAAGCCAACAGCUCCUUGACUGUUGAAUUAGAUCUUGAUUAAACAUAUGGACUCUCUUCCAUUUCACUCCUAACAAAAAUAAAAUAAGUAUAUAAAUGUGUAUUAAA